AUGACUCCAGACUCCUCUACUCCUGGCAAAGACAUGGCCGAGGCCAAUCCACCCAAGGAGGCCUGGACCGAAGACUCUGAUGGCCAGAAUGUCAUGGCUGUCUUCCGUUCCUACAAUGAAGAGUUUGUCAAGACGACCGAAGCCCAGCUCUGGCGUAAGAUUGACACUCGCAUCCUGCCCCUGAUUGCCCGCCUCUAUGGCCUGCAGGACGACACUGGUGUUCACGGGGCGCACUAUCAAACAGCGAUAUCCCUCUUCUCUGUUGGUUAUAUCCUGAUGCAGCUACCAGCCGCAAUGCUGAUGACCAAGCUUCGUCCGUCUCUCUACCUGCCAUGCUGCAUUAUCAUCUGGGCCAUUGUCAGCGGUUGCACUGCAGCAGUGAGCAGCCCUGCGGGCCUCCUCGUCCUCCGGUUUGUCCUUGGUCUAGUCGAGGCUCCCUUUUUCCCCGGGGCCAUCUUCUUCCUCAGCUGCUGGUACACUAAGCGGGAACUCGGGGUGCGGAUGGCUCUGCUCAUCUGCGGGCUACUGCUCUCCAAUGCCUUUGCGGGUCUGAUAUCCGCCGGAAUCCUCUCUGGUAUGGCAGGGGCUGGUCACUUGGCCGCCUGGCGUUGGCUGUUCAUUCUCGAGGGAAUUGCUACGGUUCUUCUGGGUCUGCUUGCCAUGGUCGUCCUUCCCGACUUCCCAGGGACCAUCAAGUGGUUAACGGAUGCUGAACGUGUGAUUGCACAGGGGCGUCUUGCGGUCGACGCGGGGAGUGCAGACCUGUUGGACGAGGAGAAGGUGCCCAUGGCUCGUGGCAUUGGGCGAGCACUGCGUGAAUACCGCGUCUGGCUGUUUGCCUGCCUCCAAAUGGCAACUACAGCAUCUAUUUCCUUUUCUCACUUGCUCCCGACCCUCAUCCAGGAGAUUGGCUUCGACAACAACACCAUCGUGCUCCUGUUGACCUCGCCCCCGUACCUGUUUGCAUUUUGCUGGGCCUUGGGUUUCGCGUGGUCGGCGGAUCGACUCCAAACUCGUUCGCCACAGUCGGGCUUCUCUCAACUCGUCUCCAUUGUCGGCAGUGUGCUCCUCAUUGCCGUUCCCAAGCACCUGCAGUGGGAACGAUACGCCUUCACCUUCCUGGUAUGUGCGGGAACCUUUGGCGUCUACUCGACCGCCUACACCUGGCUCUCAUCCACCAUUACGCAGCCGCCAGUGAAGCGUGCAGCGGCGAUUGGUAUCGCCAAUACGCUUGCCAACCUGGCCUCGCUGUACGCCAACUACUUUUGGCUGGACAGGUACGGGCCUACAUUCCAGGUGUCAUGGGGAUGUAUUCUUGCGUUUCAGAUCUUGGGAUUGUCUUGUAUUGCUGGCCUCCGCUACUCUUUGCAGCGUGCGAAUCGGCGGUUUGAGCGGCUCAAGGGGGAGAUUGAUAGACAUGAUCUGGUGGCGAUGGACAGGCUGGACGAUGAUGCGCGGCGGGCGAUCCUGGCCGAUUUCAAGUACAUCACGUAG